AUGCGUUUCUCCAUCACCGCCGUCGCCGUCAUGGCUGGUCUCACUGCCAGCGGAUCCGCCUUUGUCAUUGACACCUACAGUGACAAUAACUGCGGUAGUGUCGUCGAAACAGGCGUCAAUAUCUGGGACAACACCUGUGCGACUUGGCCUAAAGGUUUCAAGUCUUUCAAGAUCAAGACCUGGGGGGGCACUCAUCAGAAGGGGUACUUCUUCGCGGAAGGUGGCUGCGGGAGCCUUCCUGGGGCCAUUCGCAAUGGCUAUGUGGAUUCCACAACAAACGACUUCACACUUGGAGACUGCAAUACUUUCAACGGUGCAUCUGCGAAUGCGGUUGCUUCGUACGCUGGUUGA